GAAUAUGGAUUUUGAUCGCGAAGUAAGUACGGAUAGGUAUAGGUACGUGCAAAGGACUUAUGUGCAAUGAAAGUUUAUCUAUGCUUAAUCCGCUUCCUUUCAUCGCUGCUCUAAACAACAUUCGCCAGGAUAUUUAAUUAAAUUCAUGGAGCAGAUAAAGCAACAUCGUGUGCCCUUAGUUGACAUAUAGAAAUUAAAAAAAAAAAAACAUUUAAGGCGGGUACAGAAAAUCUUAACUGCUCCUAGAACACAACCUUUAUAAUAUUCCGUGUUGCGGCAUCACCUGAGUUGCAGCUCUAGCUCUCACACCGACACAGUGAUGGCUGGACUGUGCGGCCUGUGCUGCGGGCCCAGCCCGGCUGACGGUGCCGCCGGUACCAGCUCCCCGGCAGCCGGCGGCGGCAGCGGCACCAACCCGCGCGUCUUCUUCGACAUGACGGCCGACGGCGAGCCCCUGGGCCGGAUCGUCAUGGAGCUGCGCGCCGACGUGGUGCCGCGCACGGCCGAAAACUUCCGCGCCCUGUGCACCGGCGAGCACGGCUUCGGCUUCAAGGGCUGCUCGUUCCACCGCGUCAUCCCCGAGUUCAUGUGCCAGGGUGGCGACUUUACCAACCACAACGGCACCGGCGGCCGCUCCAUCUACGGCGACCGCUUCGAGGACGAGAACUUCACGCUGAAGCACACCGGUCCGGGUAUCCUGUCGAUGGCCAACGCCGGGCCUAACACCAACGGUAGCCAGUUCUUUCUCUGCGUGGCCAAAACAGAGUGGCUGGAUGGGAAACAUGUGGUGUUCGGCGCCGUCACGGAGGGCAUGGACGUCGUCAAACAGAUAGAGGGCUACGGCUCGUCGCCCUCGGGCAAGACGUCCAAACAGAUCAUCAUCCAGGACUGCGGACAGUUGUAGGUCAGAGGUGUAAGCGACAGGAUGGCGACGGGCUACACCGCCCUGAAAAGACUGACUCAACGGAGACGAAUGCAUUGUGCAGCGUGCGCCGUGCACUGCGUAGUGUGCAAAGCUGCCUGCGACUGACUGGCUCACCGAUUUAUCCAUGCCUCAAGUGUCAAAUGGGUUCGAGAGCUGUAUUCGUUUGUGCCGUGCCGCUUAUGCGAUUUGAGCUUGCAAAUGGUGUACAUUUAUUUAUACAGUACACAUGAAUUUGAGUAAGAUAGCUAUAAUCCCUGAUGGCGGUUUUUAUGGUGUCAAAUAAAUGUAAAUGACCGUCUC